AGUGCACUGUCUAUGAUUGCAGGCAGCCAUAGACAGUAGCCUGUAUAAGAUUGCAUUCACCACCAACUGGUAUGGAGUGAAAGAUCAUAUCCGCUCAACCAAGUAUUUCAAUUAGGACAACUAUAUGAUCAGAUUUUUUUUAUUUUUUAUUCUACGCUCUGAGUGACUAUAUUUUAAGAUAAUCAGUGAUGGGAUUGAAUCUGAGUAGGGUCCUGCUACAUACUGUAUAGCUAUGUAGUUUGUGUUAGCUAACAACCUGCUAACAUCCAGAAUCGAAGAACCAAGAUUUGAUGCUCUCUGUUUUAAAACAGCUUAGGUGCACACGUUAAGAAAAACUGAGAACUUAUUUAACAAUCACUAAAUUAAGCUGGAAGCUAAUAUAGGCUACUGUGAAAACAAAAAAGACAGUACGGGCAAUAGUGUGGCUUAGUUUAGUUCUGUUAUUCUGUUUCUGUAUUUAGGUCCAGUUGUAGCUAGCUUUUUUAAGUUGAGAUUGCUCUGGCAAUUUAAUAAUUCUACUGGGAAAAUUGUAGUCUCGGCCUUAUGUUCAGAAUUUAAUUCAGGAAAUAUUUUGAGUCAAUCCAAAUUAUAAAUAAAAAAAAGUGUUCACUGAUAUGCUUCAGGAUUUUAAAAUGUAUGUCCUGAUAAGAAUAUACCGCCUUAAUGAGAGUGAAGACAGAACUUGUUAUAUCUUAGUAUGAUGCCGAACUGUUUUUAUGCUGUUUAAAAUAAAGUUAAUGGAAAAAAAACUGCUCCAUUGUCCUGAGUAGUAGGAACCGAACUGAUUCAGGGGAGCAUGUCAGGUUCUGUACAACCUUGAAGAUGAAGGUGAAGAAGGAAGGAUCUUCGGUCCACUAUAAACAAGGAAGGAGAUCCUUAAAGAAAUCUCCAGACUCCUACAGUGCAAAAGCAGAUGAUCCAGAUGCCAGAAAAAUGUAUGACUAGCAGCCAAGCAAAACAAAGAUGUCUCCCAGUCCCAAAAUACUUGCAGUUCAGAGAAGCUGCUUACUGCAGCUGUACCCUGACAUGUGAUAUUAAUUAAUGGUCCAGAAGGAACGUUUUAGGGUGCAAAAUGUACUGAAAGGCUGCUGGCACAGUUUGUAGGACAGCUCUGGCUCUGGGAGCGAUUAGCCCUCAAAGCUUGGGCUUUGGCUGCCAGAUGCAGGGGAUAUUGGAUAAAACUGCAGAAGGAAAGAUGGAGAGGUGUGUGCAGCCAGCCACACAGACAUGCAAGUUGUGGCAGGCCAGUAGAUGAUGAAGUGAUGGAGAUGUUAGGAGGCCAUGGCCAUUGUGAUGCUGGGUGGCUGUUACUCUGGAACUGCCAUCUGCCGAAAAGGUCAGUUGCUAGGGGACGAUUCUCCUGGACCGUGUCUGCCUCCCAGCUGCCAUCCACACACCCACACGCACAGGCUUGGGGUGCUGUGUAAUGAUAUCCUCAGCCUGAAGGUGGCAGGAGAUCCAGUGCUAACCCCUAACUCAGUGUGCCUGAGGCUGGCAGGCCUCAGUAAACGUCAUAUGCGGAUGUGUGUGCGGAGCCCCGAUGUGACGGCCUCCGCUCUGCAGGGCAUCCAGGUGGCCAUUCACGAAUGCCAGCACCAGCUCCGGGACCAGCGCUGGAACUGCUCCUCACUGGAGGGCCUUGGCAAGCUUCCCCACCACAACACCAUCCUCAACAGGGGUUUUCGCGAGAGUGCCCUCUCUCUGGCCUUGUUGGCAGCGGGUGUGGCUCACUCUGUGGCCUCGGCCUGCAGCAUGGGCAAGCUGCGGGGGUGUGGCUGCGAGGCCAAGCGUCGCCAGGACGAUGACAAGAUCCGGCUGAAACUCACACAGCUGCAGCUGCAGACCCUGCAGAAGGGUGGAGUAGGCCUCAGCAUGACACGGUCAUUACCCUCAGAGCUAAACGGUCACCAUGGCGACCUGCCCGCUAGCCUGCACUCUACCCACCCCUCCGCCCCGCUCAAGCCUUUACCAGAUGAGUUUAGCUCCAUGCAGGAGACGUGGGAGUGGGGGGGCUGCAGUCAUGACGUCCGCUUUGGGGACCGUUUUUCCAGGGACUGGCUGGACUCCCGCGGGUCUCCAAGAGACAUCCACGCUCGCAUGAGGAUACACAACAACCGAGUGGGACGACAGAUAGUGACUGACAACAUGAAGAGGAAGUGCAAGUGUCAUGGCACAUCAGGGAGCUGUCAGUUUAAGACCUGCUGGCAUGUGUCUCCAGAGUUCCGGGUUGUGGGUUCUCUACUCAAGGAAAAGUUCUUGUCAGCCAUCUUUGUCAACUCUCAGAACAAGAACAAUGGUGUUUUCAACCCUCGAACGGGAAACGGCGCCAGCGGGAGCACAGGGGGACUCAAUGGAGGCCGCCGUCGAACCAUGUCCAGAGAGCUGGUGUACUUUGAGAAGUCUCCCGAUUUCUGUGAGCGUGAUGCGUCCGUAGACUCUCCGGGUACACAAGGACGCAUCUGCAACAAAACCAGCUACAGCACAGACAGCUGCAGCUCGCUGUGCUGCGGCCGUGGACACAACAUCCUGAAACAGACACGCAGCGAGCGCUGCAACUGCAGGUUCCACUGGUGUUGCUACGUGCUGUGCGAGGAGUGUCGUCUCACAGAGUGGGUCAAUGUGUGCAAGUAGAUCCCAGUUCUCCCAGUCCCAGCUGCCUUUACCCAUCCAGAACUCAAGAUGGCGAGCCUGUCCCUUCGCCCACUCCUUUUGUCCGAGCGUUUGUUUUGCUCCUUGUGUAACUGUCCCAAAAAUCGGUUUAUACCCCCCUUUCCUUUUUUUUGGUCCAUCAUCUGGGAUCUAUUUUCUCUUUGUAGCCACUGUUAUUCUCAAAAUGCCAAGUCAGAGAUUGAAGAGGUGACUCAUGUCAUUUGUCUUGCCAUGGUCUGUUUAGACCUUGCCCUCUCAGCCAUGAAAAAAGCCUAUACCCAAUCUUUUCUAUCCCACAAAAAAAAGAAGAGCAACAGCAGAGAAGCAUUUCUAUUUUAAUGUCUACAUGCUGACUCAUCUCAUUGUACAGAAGUUCUGCUUUUUAAUGUGUUCAUGUAUAUUUGUAAAUGUAUUAUUAUUAAUAUUAUUAUUGUGUUGGAGCCUGUCUCUUUGGUUCUAGUUACUGACAGACUUGUGCUGUUAGACAACAAAGUCUUAGCGCAAUUUAUCUCACAUUCAACUGGGCUCUUCUAAUGAUCUCCAAGAUAUUUUCUCCAUUUGUAUAUUUUGCACCUGUGACUCGGACAGAGCAACAGUACUUAUUUUGGGGUCGGUCACAAAAUCUUGGGUCUUACUAAUAGAAGAAGACAAGAUAAGGGACAGUGUUUUUUUGUGGUUUAUGAAGGACUGAUAUAUCAGGAUAGAAAACACAUAAGCUUAUUAAACUUGUACAAUUGUAAAACUCAAGAUGGGAAAGUUUUGGAGACAAAAUACGUCUUUGAAUUUCUUACGCUGAACAACUAAUCAUUCAGAUUUAUUUAAACCAUUGUAACAAUACUAAUUUCAUGGGAGUGGUCACUAGUGGUGAUGUUUUUCAUGAAUAUAACUGUGAUGUGAUGUGUGUCACCUUUCCUAUGAAAUCAUGACUCAACUCUUUUAUUCUGUG